AGCACAACUCGAGUGCUUGAUUCACCAAUGAAACCAGGGACAGGUGUAAUAUUUCAGCCCAGUCACUCAUGACACAUCAUAUAUGAAUGGUGACCUGCACCUCCCACUUCGGUGCUGCUUGGUUUAUAUUCCUGGCCUCAGCGUUGCUUUCUAAAUGUGGACUCCCUGCCAAGACCUAAGAGGAAGAGUGUGACGGUUGAAGGGUUUGUGUUUAGAGCUUAGAGGAUUCCGGCAGGACAACAGGUGGACAGUCCGCUGCCUGGUUGCUCGUGGUAACUCUCCGCCAUGCCUUUCCCCUUUGGCAAGUCCCACAAGUCGCCGGCGGACAUCGUCAAGAACCUUAAGGACAGCAUGACAGUGCUUGAGAAACAUGACAUCUCUGACAAAAAGGCGGAGAAGGCCACAGAGGAGGUGUCAAAGAGCCUGGUGGCCAUGAAGGAGAUCCUAUAUGGGACUAAUGAGAAAGAGCCCCAGACAGAGGCAGUGGCCCAGCUAGCCCAGGAGCUCUACAACAGCGGCUUACUUAGCACCCUGAUAGCAGACCUGCAGCUCAUCGACUUUGAGGGUAAGAAAGAUGUGGCUCAGAUCUUCAACAACAUCCUAAGGCGUCAGAUUGGCACUCGGACACCCACAGUGGAGUACCUCUGCACCCAGCAGAAUAUCCUCUUUAUGUUGCUUAAAGGGUAUGAGUCUCCAGAGAUUGCCCUAAACUGCGGUAUCAUGUUGAGGGAGUGCAUCAGACAUGAACCACUGGCUAAAAUCACACUGUGGUCAGAGCAGUUCUAUGACUUCUUCAGAUAUGUGGAGAUGUCCACGUUCGACAUCGCCUCAGACGCAUUUGCCACUUUCAAAGACCUCCUCACAAGACACAAGCUACUGAGUGCAGAGUUUCUGGAGCAACAUUAUGACAGAUUCUUUAGUGAAUAUGAGAAGUUACUCCACUCAGAAAACUACGUGACUAAAAGGCAGUCCCUCAAGUUACUGGGGGAGUUGCUUCUUGACCGGCACAAUUUCACCAUAAUGACGAAAUACAUCAGCAAGCCAGAGAAUCUCAAACUAAUGAUGAAUCUGCUACGGGACAAAAGCCGCAACAUCCAGUUUGAGGCUUUCCAUGUUUUUAAGGUGUUUGUGGCCAACCCCAACAAGACUCAGCCCAUCCUGGACAUCCUGCUGAAGAACCAGACGAAACUCAUCGAGUUUCUCAGCAAGUUCCAGAACGACAGAACAGAGGACGAACAGUUCAAUGAUGAAAAGACUUACCUGGUCAAACAGAUCAGGGACCUCAAGAGGCCUGCCCCGCAGGAAGCCUGAGGGAAGAGCAGAGGUGGGGGGAGGAGCCACCAGGACCAUGUCUGGAACACAUCCAGACAACGUCUGCUUAACGGAACCAUCAGCAGCUGCUGUUCUGGUUUCUGAACAAAAAUCGAGGAAACAAAUGAAAAACCAACGAAAUACAAACGUACCCAUAUCAACUCAUCAGGAAGUCGCCAGCUCCUCUGCUCCUCAGAGAACAUUUGAUUAUUUUUUUUCUUUUUCAGUCUUUUUCCUUCAAAAGAAAUAAGAGAAAAUAAUAGAUGCUGCUGCUUUCUUGCACAUUGAGACAUGUAAAGUAUAUUAUAAUGACACAACAGUCCAUCAAACAUAGUGACAGAAAAUGUCCGUGCAUUUAAAGUAAGGCAGACUUCCUGAUCGACACCAAGGAUCAAAAAUAGACACAAGUUUACACGCAUAUAUGUAUUACAUUAAAAAAAAAAAAACAUGCAUACACACAUACUGCAAGAAUAUCAGCUAGAACCUUGUGAUGGAAAUGGUACGAGCAAGUUGAACAUUGGUGUGUUUGUUGCAUGCCUUGAAAUGUGACAGAUCCAAGGCUGUACCUGGCGUCGGCUCUGUGAUGGCCUGCCCAGUCUGGCUCCCAUGUUCAGUGCCACAGACUCGGAAAUGCACGUGCAUCACAGCAACCGCUACAGUUCGCAUCUAUGCCUUCAUCCGAUAAAGCAUCAGUGGUUCAUUUUACCGAUUUGUGGGGACAAGUUCUCAGAUGCCAUCACACAGAACCAUUUACCUCCUGUGCGCUUUGUUAUGACACAGCACUUGAAGCACAUGAGGGAAGGAGGGAGGGAUGCAAGGUAUGAAUUUGUCAAAGCCUGAGAGUUGGGUCUCUUUAUUGUUUUCUGGGACAGGGUGAACAUGUACAUAUGCCUUUUUUUGCUUUGUAGAUUUUUGUUUAACCUUGACAUAUGAAUAUAUAUUAUAUAUAUAUAUAUAUAUAUUACCUUAAACAUCAUGUUUUUGGUUAAUCGUAAUCAAAUUACUUUCUAAACCAUAAAAGAAACAACAAACAAGUUAAGUGACAUUGUUUUUGCAUUUCAUUUUACUGCUGAAAUGGUUGCUGGUGGGUUUCUUUGUAUAUAACUUAAAGGGCCAGCUCACAUUUAGCUAACCUAUAGGAUAUUAACAAUUUGUACAGCGGAGGAAUGUCAUGGUAUUAGCUCUGGAUCUGUUAAUCCUCUUUUUAUUCUCCAUCUACAUUUUGAGUAUCUCUCAGACUGCUGCAGGGGUGUGAGCAGUGCAGAAGGGGAGGGAGGGAAUUGGGAGAGUAUUAACUGAAAAAUUAAAGCGUGUGUGUUUGUGCACUUUGUGAGGUGCUGAGCGAUCAACAUCACCUAACUGGAGUCGAGGACUGGGGAUUGUGCCCCCCACCCCCCUCAAUUGCAUUAAUCUGUUGCCCCCCCCCCCAACUUGUUCUCACCACUUGGCUUGUGGCCUGGGAGUGCUGUGUGGCCCCAUAGUGAGUGUGCUUCGGGGGGGGGGGGGGGUCAGCUCAUCACGACAUUGGCAACUCGGCACAUCAUUAUUACUUUCCCCCUUCACCUCAUGUUUGAGCCGUUCUCUUCAAAGGGUUUAUAAUUCCAGUACAAUUAUUAUGAGUGUAAAGCAUUGUGGGUAGCAGAGUACUUUGGGCAUGUUGGAUUGUCCUCAUGGUGCUGAGCAAAACUGAUGAUACCACAGAUUUGUUAAUUUGCCGUGACUGACACGGUCUGUGUAACGAGACAAACAUUCAAACUGGCGAUUAGAAACCAUCUCAGUGCAGACAACAGCACGACUCAGAUAGCCCACACUUCCUCCAUGCGCAUUGAACAUGCAUGUUCCUCCACUGGCUGUGCAUGAUGCUGUACUAAAGAUGUUGUACUGGAAUUGUUUCUUUUUUCCAAAUAUUUAACAACAUUGAAAUGUCAAAUUGAACUCUUGGCUGUAUGGCUGUAUGCUGACUUUGACUCCAGUUUCAGCAUAGAGUGUGUGGGUGCUUUCAGAAGUGUCAAAGGCCUGGGCCCUACAAUCGAAAUAAAGAAAAAAAAAAACAUUUGGAAUAAAAUAAAGCUGUGGUCAUUUUC